AUGUCUGACCUCAUCGAGUCCGAGAAGAAGGGUCCCCUGCCCGAAGUCCAUCUCGUCGAGACGCGAGACACAGAGACCAGGGGGAAUUCACAAGGGGAAACGUCGUCAGGGCCAGACAACAAAAAUGCAUAUCCGGAGCUACUCGCUUAUAGCUGGCCGACGUGGAAAAAAUGGGUUCAUCUGACGGUGGUAUUCUUCGUUCAGAUAUCCAUGAACUACAAUGCAUCUGUUGUCGGGAACGCCCUGGGCCUUCUCGAAAAAAGGUUUGAAAUCACGGAAUUUCAGGCCCGACUUCAGAUGUUUGCAUUCCUUGUUGCAUAUGCUUUUGGUUGUGAGCUCUGGGCACCUUGGAGCGAGGACUUUGGACGCAGAUGGAUCUUGACGGGCAGUCUGUUGCUCGUAAACAUCUGGGCAGCCAUGUGUGGUAGUGCUACAAACUUCACCACUAUCAUGGUUGGCCGUGUUCUUGGUGGUUUAUGCUCUGCUGGUGGCUCUAUCACUCUCGGCAUCGUCGCCGAUAUGUUCCGACCUGACGAGCAAGGCUAUGCGGUGAACUUCGUCGUCCUAGCCUCUGUCAGUGGAUCGGUGGUCGGGCCUGUCGUCGGUGGCUAUCUGGAAGAGAAUGUCGAAUGGGAAUGGAACUUCUGGUCCCAGGUGAUAUUCGGUGUUCUCGUCAUGGCCGCCUUCGUAGCAUUGCCCGAAACGAGAGCCAAGGAGAUCCUCAACUCCAAGGCAAAAGCCUUACGGACUGAUGCGGCGAAAGAGGGCAGACCAUGUCACAUCAAGGGACCAAGGGAAAACGUAGAUAUCAUGAGCAGACGGCAAAUUCUUACCGGUCAUCCAGAAACGUGGAGACACAUCUUCACCAUCUGGCUUCGACCCUUCAAGAUGUUUGUCACAGAGCCUAUCGUACUGUUUCUGUCGCUACUCAGCGGAUUCAGUGAUGCUCUGAUAUUUACGUUCCUGAAUUCCUAUGGUGUUGUGUUCAAGGAGCCCUAUAAAUUAGGGCCUGUUCAGAUUGGGCAUGGGUUCCUCUUCCUCAUCGUUGGCUACAUCAUUGGGUAUGUGGCUUACAUCGUCGAUUUCUGGGUCAAGAAGAGGAGGUCAAAGAGGUCCGGCGAGCCAAUUAAUCCGGAAUCGCGUCUGUUCCUUCUGUUGUUCAUUGCUCCCUUCCUGCCCGUAGGCAUGUUCCUCUUCGCCUGGCUCAGUGAGCCUAGCAUCGUUUCCAGCCCGUGGCCUGCGCUCUCCUCCACCGUGUUGGUCGGUAUCGCAAACUACGCCAUCUAUCUCGCCACCGUUGAUUACAUGGUCGCCGCCUAUGGUGCCUUUGCUGCUUCUGCCACUGGUGGUAACGGUUUUGCCCGUGAUCUGCUCGCUGGUAUCUCAGCACUAUACGCAAAUCCUUUGUACGAGAACGUUGGACGACCUGAGAACACCAGGAAUGGGAGUGUCAUACUUGCGUGCAUAUCGAUCGGUGUAAUCAUACCGAUCUAUGCAUUCUACUUCAAGGGCGAAUGGAUUCGGGGACACAGCAGUAUGGCAGAGGAUUUCAAGAAGCAGGAAGCUGUUCGGGAAGAGCAAUUGACCGGCUCACGCCGACCGACUCCUAUUGGCUCUCGUCGGAACUCCUCCACUGGGGAAGUGGACAUCGCCUUCGGAACGGCAUAA